CCCCCGUUAGAACGGCUCGUUGCGCACCGGCCGAGGCGCGGCUCCCCUGAAGGACGGCGGCCGUUACCCCGGCGCGUGGCGGGACUCCGUUUCCCAGCGCGCCUCGCGCCCCCGCCGCGGAGGCCGGGCCGGGAAGAUGGCGGCGCCGGUGUCGCCCUGGGUUACUGCGCGCUGCCUGCUGCGGGCCUCGGCGCGGCGCGUCGGCCGCCUGCUACCGGCGGGGGCCGCAGUCCUGCGGAGAGCAUAUGCAGCUCAGGCAGAUGAGAAGACAGUCUCCAGUACUCCUACAGCUGCUAAUGCCAGAGCCUUAUUGGUCUGCAGUGGACCUUUAGAACAUUAUGACUUUCUGAUUAAGCAAGAAGAGUUGAGGAAUGAUGACCAGCAAAGAAGAGUUGUGCAGCAUCUGCAGAAGUUGCACGAGAGCCUUAAAGGCUACAGCAUCAGUUCAAAAAAUAUUAUCUCAAAGCUCUUUGCAAAAAAUAAACCCCCAAAGGGUCUUUAUGUCUAUGGAGAUGUUGGCACAGGAAAGACAAUGGUGAUGGACAUCUUCUAUUCUCACUUGGAAGUAGAAAGGAAAAAGAGAGUCCAUUUUCAUGGUUUCAUGUUAGAUGUACACCAGAGAAUACAUCGCCUUAAGCAGAGCUUGCCAAAAAGAAAGGCAGGAUUUAUGGCCAAAUCCUAUGACCCAAUUGCACCAGUAGCAGAGGAAAUAAGCGAAGAGGCUGCUCUCUUAUGUUUUGAUGAAUUUCAGGUCACUGACAUUGCUGAUGCCAUGAUUCUGAAGCAGCUUUUUGAAAAUCUGUUCCAAAAUGGGGUUGUCGUUGUGGCAACAUCUAACAGGCCACCAGAAGAUCUCUAUAAAAAUGGUCUUCAGAGAGCUAAUUUUGUACCAUUCAUUGCUGUGCUGAAGAAAUACUGCAGCACAGUCCAGCUUGAUUCUGGAAUAGACUACAGGAAACGAGUGCUUCCUGCUGCUGGAAAACUUUACUACCUCACAAGUGAAGCUGAUGUGGAGGCUGUCAUGGAUAAGUUGUUUGAUGAGCUGGCUCAGAAACAAAAUGAUUUAACUAGACCAAGGAUUCUAAAAGUGCAAGGCAGAGAGCUGAGGCUGAAUAAAGCGUGUGGAACCAUUGCAGACUUCACGUUUGAAGAGCUGUGUGACAGACCUCUUGGAGCCAGUGACUACUUGGAAAUAUCAAAGCAUUUUGACACAGUCUUUGUUCGUGACAUACCACUUCUUACAAUGGCAAAAAGAACACAGGCUCGCCGUUUCAUUACUCUUAUUGAUACCUUUUAUGAGCAUAAGGUGCGUAUUAUUUGUUCCGCAGUGACACCUCUUCAAAGCUUAUUCCUCGUAGAACAUGACAGUGGUGAGCUAGGGGACAGCAGAGUGUUGAUGGAUGAUUUGGACUUGAGCCAGGAUUCCGCCAAAGGACUGUCCAUAUUUACAGGAGAAGAGGAAAUCUUUGCCUUUCAGCGGACUGUCUCACGGCUUACAGAAAUGCAAACUGAACAGUACUGGAAAGAUGGGGACAGAAGCAAAAAAAGUUACAAUUAAAAGUUUAACAAAAUCACCAAGAAGUAAAACUAAAGAAUUGGAAGGCCUUUUAGCACAACUGAAAUAAUAAUUGCACUUUAUCAUCUGGACCAUGUUUUCAUUCACCAUUUGGUUUUUGUGCUUAAGACAUGAGGACUCAAGUUAUUUUUCCGUACCACCAGUGUGUGGACGUGUGGAAUUUUGCCUUAAUUUUCUUUAUUGUAAAUAUAACUUUGAUCUUCAGGAAGUUUAAAGGGAUUAGAAUUUUUCUGGAGAAUUGGUCUAAAGGCAAAGUUAAUGGGCUGUGCAGGGUUCACAGUAGAUUUAUAAUGUCACAUGAAGAGGACACUCUGAGGUUCUUGCACUGCUUCUGUGACGCACAAAGUUUGCAUAAAAGAGAAAUUAAAUGCUUUCUUUAUGAAGCUUCUGAUAUUGUAUAGGUCCCUGCUAGAAUCCUGGAACUCCUCUGUAGUGUAUUCUGGGAUUUUUCCUAUUUUCUAUGUGUAGCCAAUCUGCUGACUUUCAGGCUUUAACAGCUUCUUGCAAUCAGACUGUUGCUCAGUGCGGUUCAUUGAAAACUAAGGGUUUGAAUCAAGAGAGAACCCUGAGGAGAAGCUUGAAGGCACUUGAAAAACCACCCAGGAUGAAGAUCUAAGUAAUUGUGGAUGGGAAAAGAAUCUAUGGUAAGACAGGGUAUACUGUAACAUAUAAGUGCAUGUUAAUACCCUUCCUACCUAAAUUUUGUGAUUUCUGCAAGCCUGGAUAUGUUGCCUCUACACCAGUGACGUACCUCCACCCUGAAUUUUCUCAGGCUUCAUCUAUAUCAAACCUCCUGUUGCUGCUAGCACACCUGCCCUGACCUGGGGAGAGCAGUACACAGUCCUACUGAGGCAAUUCAUCAUGUUACAAUAGGAAUGUGUUUAUGGUAAAGAUGGAAUAUUAAAUGAUACAUCAAAACAUGAAAAUGGGCAAUGUGGUUUUAGUUGGAAACUUUUUUAGUUAAAAACACGUUUGUGCCCUAAUUUCUUAGGGAGGAGAUAUAUAACACACUGUCCCCAAAUUUGAGGGGUUUUCUUGGAUUUCGCAACAUGACCUUUUUCUUGUACUUUAUCUGUUACGAAAAAUAUUCUUCUCUGCCUUUGUUAAGCUUGAUUAAAUUAUUUCAAACACAGCCCCCAUCACAAUUACAGAAAGCUUUUAAAAGGGACUUUUCAGGGCAGGGAAGAUUGGAGAAGUCCUGUGCACUUGCAUGGAAAUAUGGACAUUUUGGAGCCAUGGGCUUAAGUAUGUUCUGAUCACUUCUGUUUGUCCUGGAAGUUACUUAGACAAGCUGUAUCUGUUUUUCAGAAAAUUUUUAAGCCUAUAUUUAUAGUUUACAACUUACCCAACUAUGUUGUUGUUCCCACAAGGGUGACUACCGCGGAGAAUUUUAAUGCAUAUUUAUGAAAACCCCAAUCAGAAUACAUUGCUUAUACUUUACAAUAUCCAAAUAAUUGAUGUAUGUUUUUAGAGACUUGUAUUAGGUUUCUCAACAGAGGGACUAAUGAAAUUCAUGCGUGUCUGUAUAUAGACAGACACAUGUAUACUUUAUACAUAUAUAUAAAUAUAGCUAAAACUAAUAUAUAUAAUUUAAGAGUGUGUGGUUCUAUUUAUACAUGGCAGUCUGUACUCAUCAGCCUGGGCCUGUGCUGAUAACUCUCCUGAAGCUUCAGCCUUGACUUUUUUCCCAGCGUCAUUUAAAUGCCUCCUGCUUUGUCUGACCCAGAAUGUAUUGUGGGAAAAUGGGAGGUGGUGGCAGGUGCCCUAAAGCACCUUGCAUCUGGAUAUUUAUUUGCAUUGUUUUAAAACCUGUUUGUAUGUUUAGCCUGCAUGUCUUCCUCUGUCGUGUGGUACAGAGGAAAUGUAUAAUUAUGCAGAACACAGGUGAGACGUUUUGGGAGGACGUUGAGAGAGGAGGGCCUGGCACGUUCUGCAUUGGAGACUGUUUCAGGCAGGGAAGUGAAGUGUUUCUCCACAAUCGGUGUUGGGUGAUGACUGAUCUCCUUUAACCAGGAGAUCCCUGGAGCCCCCGGGCACAACUGUUGGUGUUCAAACUGGUGCAGCUUUGCCUGUUGGUUCCUGAGGCUUUUCUGUAACCUGAGCACCCAUCCCAAACUCCGAUACCCCAGUUUUUUGGAAGCCCCUAAAUGCAGUGGGACCGAUGCGACAUUGAAAGCCUCUGAGGCUGUCGGUGAACUCUGUUAAACUACAGGAGGGAAGUUCCCAAAAGCUUCCAGAGCCAGAGCUGCUUCCAGGGCAUAUUGCUAAAUACAAAACCAUAGUGCAGUCUUUCUUUGGCCAGCAAGGAAGCCAUCUCUUGGGAGGCACUGGUAGGUGCCAGCAGUAAUCAAGGAGAAGAAAUGGGGAAUAUACCAGAAGUGGUUUGGAGCUGAAAACAAGAAAAGCUGUUUAAAUCAGUGUGCAGUGUUUCUGGUUGCACUGCAGAGUGUGGAUUACCGCUUCUAGGUCAGGACCGCAAGGAGAGAUUGAUGGCACCAAUUGGUCAGCUAGCCCAGGCAGGGAUCCCCGCAGUAACCACAGAAGCAGCAUAUUUGUGACAGUCUACUUUCUUGAAGAAAGUGAGACCCUAUAUGCUUAUUUUAUGAUGCUGUAGUACGCAUAAGGUCUCCUUCCAAUAGUGAAUUCAGGGGGGGCUGCUUCUGAGGUUAGACAGCUUCCAGGCGACUGGUGCUGGCCAGAACCUAUCACAGGGGCACGAUGAACAACACUGGGUAUGUCCUGCCGCAGGGCGCUGGGCCACCUCCGUUCCCAAAACUCCUGUCCCCUGCUGCCUGGCUGCCUCCUUGCAGCAGCGCUCUGUGUCUUUUUAUUCCCACAUUAAGAUGUUGUAUUUGCCAAAAUGUAAACAGCAAGGUGCCUGUGAAUAAAUUAUGCACGCUCCUUAAUGGCCUUAAAAUUGCUGGAUUUAUGCUGGAUGCUUCUAUCCCAAGUUCAAGUAUUGGCUUUUUAGUUUUUUCUUAACUUGCAAAUUCCUGUCAUCUCACGUCUACAAGUUUUUAUUUUCCUUUUGGUCAUUCAGCAAACACUACAUAUUUUUAAAGGUCUCUUAGAGUAACUUUAUUGAUGCAGUAUGAUGUUUUGCUAUUAUAGGAAGUAAAAUCCAUAUGACUAUGGACCGUGUGAAACAUUUCAUGUUGGUUUAUAAAGGCCACGUCCUAGCUGAGGAUCUCUCAGCUAACUUACUUCAAAUACCUGAUUGAUGAAGGAAUGUUCCCAAUGCCCAAAAAUUUAUAUUACAGCUUCUGUGAGCUUAGUCACUCUAUCCAUACAGACAUUUUAUCUUUAAAGCUGUAUUUUCAAUUCACAUUCUUGUACUGUAGCUCUAUUUUUUUUUUUAAUAGGUAAUGCGAUUCUGUCUUUCACAGUUGCUGGUUUUCAGUAUUUACCUUUGCACAGAUCGAGGGAACAACUGCAGUAUUUUGGGUAUAACAAGAUAGUCUUCCAAAGGUCUUUGGAGGGAUUGAAGAUACACUGCUUGCUGCUGUUGUUUUUUGAUCUAAAAAUGAAAACUAUUAAUGACUUUUUUGGAGUAAAGGUGAUCAUAAUGACGCUACAACUGGAUAGAUGUCACCCAUUUUGCAGCAAUUUAAACAUGGGAAAAAAAAACCCUGAGCAGGUUUCAAGCUGCUCAGCACAGUCACCAAUGAUCUGACGAGGAGGAAGAACAGUCCCUCCAUCAAGACCUAAGAGGAUCAAGAUCCAGGAGGUUUCUUUCUGCAAUUACCUGGAUCUGAAUAUGCCUGGUGCCUCAGUUUCCCUGGUGAUAAAAUGGGAAUGAUGUUACUUUCUUAUUUGCUAACACUGGAGUGCUGCCAGGCUUCACUCAUUAAUAUUCUAAGAUGCUUUCUGAGGCUCUGGGAUGAAAAUACUUCAGUAAAGUAUGUAAAUAGUGCAAAAAAUAAUUUAGCUACUCUAAGUGGAUUAGCUUCCUUGUUUGGGUUACAGAAUUAAUGCCAUCAACUGAACACCACAUGCCCCUUUGACGUGAUGAUUUUU